GCCUGCUCCGCCGCGGCUCCGUAGUGGGUCGGGGUCUGUGACGCGCGGCAGCCAUGUCCAGCCACGUUGAGCUCUACAACGGCGCCAAGAUGCCCGUCGUGGGGCUGGGCACGUGGAAGUCACCUCCAGGCCAAGUGACUGAGGCUGUGAAGGUAGCAAUUGACCUUGGGUACCGCCACAUCGACUGUGCCCAGGUGUACCAGAAUGAGAAGGAGGUGGGAGUGGCCCUGCAAGAGAAGCUCAAGAAAGGAGUGGUGAAACGCCAGGAGCUCUUCAUUGUCAGUAAGCUGUGGAGCACAUUCCAUGACAAGAGCCUGGUGAAAGGAGCCUUCCAGAAGACGCUCACUGACCUGCAGCUGGACUACCUGGACCUCUACCUUGUCCACUGGCCGACAGGCUUCAAGCAUGGGACUGAAUAUUUCCCAUUGGAUGCAACAGGCAACGUGAUUCCCAGUGACACUGAUUUUCUGGACACCUGGACGGCCAUGGAAGAGCUGGUGGAUGAAGGGCUGGUGAAAGCAGUUGGCGUCUCUAACUUCAACCAUCUUCAGAUUGAGAGGAUUUUAAACAAACCUGGCUUAAAAUAUAAACCAGCAGUUAAUCAGAUUGAAUGCCACCCGUACCUAACUCAGGAGAAGCUGAUCCAGUACUGCCACUCCAAAGGCAUUGUGGUGACUGCUUACAGCCCCCUCGGCUCUCCCGACAGGCCCUGGGCUAAGCCAGAAGAUCCUUCCAUCCUGGAAGAUCCCAGGAUUAAGACAAUUGCAGACAAGUACAAUAAAACUACUGCCCAGGUGCUGAUCCGUUUCCCCAUACAGAGGAAUUUGGUAGUGAUCCCCAAAUCUGUGACACCAGCACGUAUUGCUGAGAACUCUCAGGUCUUUGACUUUGAGCUAAGCAGUGAGGACAUGGCAACCUUACUCAGCUACAACAGGACCUGGAGAGUCUGUGCCUUGGUGAGCGCUGCCACCCACAAAGAUUAUCCCUUCCAUGCCGAGUUUUGAAGCUGUGGAUGCCUGCUCUUCUCCAAGUUACUUGCACCUGUAUUCCUGCCUCAUUUGUCCUUGCAACUGUAGAGUAUCCUGUGUCCAUUGGUAGUGGGUAGAGACCUAGAGACAAAGCACUGAGGGCCUGUUAGUCUGACGCUGAGUGUGAAGAGCAGUACAGUAGAUGAGGUGUCUCUUCCAGUCUUUUUUUGCCUUUCAUCUUGCCUAGCUGAGCAAGGUGCAACCCAGAUAGCCCUUUCUGACCAAAGAGAAGCAACAUCUACAAAGUAUAAAUAUUGCUACUAACAGCUAAGUUUUGACUCUUUACAACUGUAUUCCUAUUAGCCAAACUUUUUUUUUUUUUGCCUCA